UCUCUCUCUCUCUCUCUCUCUCUCUCUCUCUCUUAAAAAAAUGGCUGCUUUGGACUCCAUUGGCAGUGCCUUCUGCCUCUUCUUCUUCUCCUUCACCGCUCUGUUUUCUCUCUUCUCCGUACUUGUCUUCAUCAUCCGGCUCCGGCCAUGGUGCAACUGCCACGUGUGCAGGAGCUUCCUCACCUCCAGCUGGUCCAAGGACUUCGACAACCUCUGCGAUUGGUACACGCAUCUCCUCAGAAAAUCGCCCACCGGAACCAUCCACCUCCACGUCCUCGGCAACAUCAUCACCGCCGACCCCGAGAACGUGGAGCACAUCCUCAAAACCAAGUUUCACAACUACCCCAAAGGCAAGCCAUUCACCACAAUCCUAGGCGAUCUUCUGGGCCGCGGCAUCUUCAACGUCGACGGCAACGCGUGGUUGUUCCAGCGCAAAAUGGCAAGCCUGGAGCUCGGCAGCGUCUCCGUCCGCUCCUACGCGCUCGAGAUCGUGAGCUCCGAAAUCCAAUCAAGGCUAAUUCCGCUGCUGGCCUCAUUAGCCGAAGACCGAAACAGCGCCGUUGACUUGCAGGACCUCUUUCGGCGGUUUUCGUUCGACAAUAUUUGUAAAUUCUCAUUCGGGCUGGACCCGGGCUGUCUCCAGCUGUCGCUGCCCAUUUCGGACUUCGCCGUGGCAUUCGACACCGCGUCGAAGCUCUCCGCGGAGCGGGCGAUGACGUCAUCACCGAUCGUGUGGAAGAUCAAGAGAUUCUUCAACAUUGGCUCGGAGAGGCAGCUGAGGGACGCCGUCAAGAUGGUGGACAGCUUAGCCAAGAGCAUGAUCGAGCAGCGCCGGGAAAUGGGUAAUUUUUCAACACAAAAGGAUCUUCUCUCUCGGUUUAUGGCCAACAUUGACGACGAUAAGUAUCUCCGGGACAUUGUCGUGAGCUUUCUGUUGGCGGGUCGGGACACCAUCGCUUCCGGGUUGACCAGUUUGUUUUAUUUGCUCUCUCAGCACCCGGAAGUCAAACGGGCCAUUCUAGAGGAAUCGGAUCGGGUCAUGGGUCUGAGUGGAUCCGGUUCUAGAUCUUGGGUUGCGAGUUUUGAACAAAUGAGGGAAAUGCACUACUUGCAUGCGGUGAUUUAUGAGACCAUGAGGCUGUACCCGCCAAUACAAUUCGACUCCAAGUAUUGCCAAGAGGAUGAUGUGCUGCCAGAUGGUACUUUUGUACAGAGUGGGACCAGAGUUACGUACCAUCAGUACGGCAUGGGCAGGAUGGAGCGGGUUUGGGGUUCUGAUUGUCUCGAAUUCAAGCCCGAGAGGUGGCUGAAGAACGGACUUUUCACGCCCGAGUGCCCCUUUAAGUACCCAGUUUUCCAAGGCGGGGAGAGGGUUUGCUUGGGCAAGGAAUUGGCGCUCUUGGAAAUGAAAAGUGUCGCGGUGGCGCUUGUUCGGAGGUUUGAUAUUCAGGUUUCCGAACCUGAUCGCACACCGCGGUUCGCCCCUGGCCUCACCGCCACCGUGAGGGGCGGCCUGCCGGUUCGAAUUCAGGAAAGAAAAGGCUGAGCAGCCCAACAUUAUGGAUCAUGCAGAAAUAUUAUAUAUGUUUUUGAUGUAUAGUCUUGUAAAAGUCCCUAGCUAGCUAGUUUAGUUUGCCUUUCAAGGGCAUGUGAAUUAGCAUUAGUUGGCAGUAGAAGAAUGCAAACUUAUUACCCUAACCCAUGUGGUUAAAUCGUGAUUAAAGCCUCAAAAGGGUUUGUGAUCAAGUAAUUAAUGUCAUAGUUUUCUCAUGA